AUGUAUGCGGUGGAUUCUCUCGUCCUAUUUGCCUUACCUCAUAUACCACGUAAAGAUUCCAUCCCUAAGAUAUUUGUAUGUUCACUGGCAGCGCACCGGCCACGAUAUAACAGCGACCAUUAUCCUGAUAUUGUCGUUCCAUUCCAGUAUCAUCAGCACGUCUAUGAUCUCCUGGGUUCUUCCUACAAGUCCUGCCUCGCGGACGGAAUCAACGUGACUUUACGGCUUGGAUCCCGUCUCCUCGGAAUAAAAGUGCAUCGACUGAGGGGCGAACAGGAUAGGCGGCAUGAAGCCACGACCCUGUCUAAUCCGUCCGUUCCUUCCGAAAGCCGCAUGCUCGUGGAUUCAGACGAGGGCUUCAAGUUCCUGGUCUUUGGCCCCGACGUUGUUGAGAAGUCGAAUUCCGGCCCUUCACAAAGCCUAGAGGCAGACUACCCGGCAGAACUAGCACCAAGCACCAUGUUGGACAAAUUUUGGACACCGGACGGAAAUCAAGAAGCCAGUAUCAGAAGCAUGAAAAGUCAUAAGCCCAGGAUAGACAACGGAACGACCGUCUCUGAAGUGUGUCAAGUACCAAGAGCGCGCUCUCAAAUGAAACCAAGCAUCCUUUUCUUUUCUGUCCUGGCUGUGCUUGCCCAGCUGGCAUAUUCUCUAAGAUUGCAAGCAGACGACCAAACUGACUGUGGAUACCGUGAUGCUGCCGCCCUUCUACUCGCUUCCACUCUGCCCUGCGCCAACCUCUUGGCCGUUCAAAUCAAUUAUCCUUCGUCUUAUACAGUACUGACUGCCUCCGCGAUUCUAACCUAUUAUUCCCACCCUAAUCUGCUCAUCGGUGCUAUUAGGCCUUUCGACGUGUACUAUUACCAGUACGAAGACUGCAAAAUCCAGCAGUUGUACCGAAAGGCAUUAUCUGAGCAAGAUGACGGAAGCGUCACCAUCGCAAGCAUAGGAUUUUUCGACAAUGUGAAGUGGUUCGGCGCGUAUCCCUGUAACAGCGGUAGCUCUCCAGCCAAGACGGCCCAUGUUGUUAAUUCGUGGCCGGCAAAGAUGUCAUUUUCGGGUAGCUAUCUCGGAGGCAAUUUUACAUCUGGAGCACGGUUUACUGUUCAGGCACCUUCAGAGAAUCUCGUUGCUGCAGCGUUCAUGAUACAUGCGCGUGGUUACAAUAUCCCCGCUAUUCAUGGGAUCCUAUCGUGCUACUUCACACCAUUCAAGAUCAGGAACUUCGUCCUCAUGACGGUGCCAUAA